CCCAUUAGCAUUACUCAAAUUUACAAAGGUUCCAUUUUGAACACAAACACUCAAAAUUAUGCUCUUACGUUUUCAAGCAUCUCGCGCGUUUCUUCCACUUCCAAGUUCUUGUUUCAUGAAAUUUGGCCCAUCAAAACAAUUAGGGUUUACUUCCAUUUCUUCUUCUCCAACGAAAUCCUUCGCCAAAAUGGCAUCAGACCACUACACCUUUGGGCGUUACAAGAUUGAUCCGAAGGAAGUAUUCUACUGCACCACUCUCUCUUACGCCAUGGUCAACCUUCGUCCUCUUGUUCCUGGUCACGUGCUUGUCUGCCCAAAGCGUGAAGUUCAGCGCUUUGCUGAUCUCACUGUUGAUGAGACUUGUGAUCUAUGGCUCGCAGCUCAGCGGGUUGGUCGCCAGUUAGAGUUGUACCAUAAAGCUUCGUCACUCACAUUUGCAAUCCAAGACGGUCCGCAGGCAGGACAAACUGUACCCCAUGUUCACAUUCAUAUUCUCCCAAGGAAGGGUGGCGAUUUUGAGAAAAAUGAUGAGAUUUAUGAUGCUAUUGAUGAGAAGGAGAAAGAAUUGAAGCAACAUCUUGAUUUGGACAAGGAGAGGAAAGAUAGAGACAUGGAAGAGAUGGCUGAAGAGGCAGAGCAGUACAGAAAGCUUUUGUUGUAACUUCCUUUUCCUUUUCCUUUUCUUUUUGGCUUCUGCCAAGUCCACUAUUUUUUAACAAUUGCGUUGUAAUUUAUGACAACAUAAAGUAUUGAAAAAUUAACUUAUCAUAUGAAAGGCAUAAUGGGGUAUAUUUUUCUUUUAAAUAUGGAAAACACUAUUAUUUUCAUCA